GUGAUCAUAGUGUGUAACAAACAUUUGCAUCGAUAACAUACAUUUUAACAUUGACCCGUUCAUACACCUCAAAUUGAAAAAAAAACCCACAAAGUAAAGAGGUCUACGGAAAACACACUCGCACAUACGCAAGGACUCACAUACAUAUGUAGAAGGAACUAAAGCAGCAGACAGUAUGGAACAAUUAAAAUCCAAAAUAGCUGUGGUCACUGGGGCUAGUUCAGGUAUUGGUGAAUGUAUUGUUAAAGAUUUAUUAAAAGCACAAAUGAUUGUUAUCGGUUUGGCGCGUCGCAUUGAACGUGUCGUUGAGCUGAAGCAACAACUGCCCAAUGACCAGCAGCAACGCUUGCAUCCACUGAAAUGUGAUGUCGGCAACGAACAAGAAGUGGAAAGUGUUUUUAAGGAAAUCAUGAAUAAAUAUGGAUGCAUUUAUAUAUUGGUCAACAAUGCCGGUUGUUUGCAUUUGGGACAAUUGUGUCAAAUGCCAGCCCAACAAAUUCAACAAAUGUUGCAAACCAAUAUUGUGGGUGUUGUGAAUUGUACACGUUAUGCUUUUGCUUCGAUGCUAAAAGCAGGCGAUGAUAAAUCAGGUCAUGUUAUUUUAAUUAAUAGCAUACUAGGACAUCAAGUACCGGUAAUACCAGGACAUGUGCCAUCGUUGAAUAUCUAUCCGGCUACCAAGUAUGCUUUGACCGCCAUCAAUGAAAUUUAUCGUCAGGAGUUUCGGGAAUUGGGUUCGAAGGUGAAAGUAACGAGCAUAAGUCCUGGUUUAGUAGACACUGAACUGAUUUCUGAGGAACAAAAGAAAAUUUGUCGAGGAAUAAUUUUGCAACCAGAAGAUGUUUCCCGAGCAGUGAUGUUUGCUGUAACCUCACCACGUCAUGUUCAUAUUUAUGAAUUGAUAAUAAAACCAAUGGGUGAUAUUAUUUAAAUGAAUUUCAAUGUUUCCUUUUGUUUAAAUAAAUAGAUAGAUAUUUUGCAAAACUAA